GGGUCAACACCAUGUUCAUCACCACCCACUCUUUAUCUACAAAUACAAUACGGUGCCUAUUCUCAAUCCAUCAAAUCCCAAAUAAUUUUCUCUAUCGAAUGGAGAUGGGAAAUAAUUCCACAAAGCAAACACAUUCACACUCACACUUCCAUAAACUUUCCCUUCAUCGUCCAAAUCACAACCACAACAGCGCUCCAAUUGUAACCAUGAGCAACAACAAUUACGCAGCAACAGAAGCAGAAGAACCAACAUGGCCAGAACUCCUAGGUAGCAACAAUUGGGAAGGUCUAUUGGACCCUCUCAACCUUAGCCUCCGAAAACUCGUACUUCGAUGUGGUGAUCUCAUCCAAUGCACCUAUGAUGCCUUCAACAACGACGAGAACUCCAAGUACUGUGGAUCUAGUCGCUAUGGCAAGGCCUCUUUCUUCAACAAAGUCAUGUUUGAGGCUGCCUCUGAUUACCAAGUUGUGUCCUUUCUUUAUGCCACGGCUAGAGUUGGUCAUCGUGAAGCCUUUUUCUUCCACUCUCAGUCCCGUGAGUCUUGGGACCGUGAGUCCAAUUGGAUUGGCUAUAUAGCUGUGACAACUGACGAGGCUAGCUCCGCCUUAGGCAGACGUGAAAUCUAUGUGGUCUGGCGUGGUACUACAAGGAACUACGAGUGGAUUGAUGUAUUGGGUGCUGACCUCGAGUCUGCCCAGUCUUUGAUGCAUCCACAACAUGUGCCUGCAGCUAAGCAUGGUAAUGAUGGUGAUGCUAGUAGCAGUGAUAGCGAUGAUGAUAAUGAAAAGGUUCCAAAAGUCAUGAGGGGUUGGCUUACAAUCUACACCUCGGAUGACCCCAAGUCGCCAUUCACAAAAACAAGUGCAAGAGUACAGCUUUUAACCAAAAUCAAGGGGCUGAUAAAGCAGUACCAAGAUGAGAAGGUAAGUGUGACACUAGUGGGGCAUAGUCUUGGUGCUAGUUUAUCAGUUUUGAGCGCUUUUGAUUUGGUGGAGAAUGGUGUUUCUGAUAUUCCAGUUUCAGCAAUUGUGUUCGGGUGCCCACAAGUUGGCAAUAAAGCUUUCAAUCAAAGGUUCAAAAGUUACCCAAAUCUUAAUGUUUUGCACGUGAGGAACACCAUUGAUCUCAUACCUCACUAUCCUGGGCACUUGUUGGGAUUCGUGGACACUGGGAUUGAGUUGGUUAUAGAUACAAGGAAGUCACCGAGCUUGAAAGACUCAAAGAAUCCAAGUGAUUGGCAUAAUUUGCAGGCCAUGUUGCAUGUGGUAGCUGGGUGGAAUGGGAAGGAAAAGGAAUUUGAGUUAAAGGUUAAGAGAAGCUUGGCUCUGGUGAACAAGUCGUGUGAGUUUCUCAAGGAUGAGUGUUUGGUACCAGGGUCAUGGUGGAUAGAGAAGAACAAAGGGAUGGUGCGAGAUGAGAAAGGUGAUUGGGUUUUGGCUCCGCCUGGUGAUGAAGAUCUGCCUGUACCUGAGGAGUAUUGACUGGUAGAAACGACUUGGAUUUUUAUUUGGUUGGCCUUGUGUUCAUCAGCUAAAGUGGUGAUUGAUUUUAAUUUUCCAUUGUUUAGUUGUACUGCCCUUUUUUACUGUACUAUUGUCUCUGUGCCUAGCUUGGUCCAUGGAUGCUUCCUCAUCUGUUGUCUAAAACUAUAGCCUAUGUUAUAAUAAUACAGUAUGCUUCUUUGUUUC